UGUAAAGAAAGUGCAGAAAUAUUUGUUUUAAUAAAGCUAUGGAUGGAUCCUUGGAAGAAUUUUAUUUGCUUUUGUAAAUAUAGAACUCUCAGUGAGACUUUACAGACAGUGAUCCAGUAUGGCUGUGGAGGAGAGAAGAGACAGUGGAUGAAAGUCAGCAAGCAGUGCAAAAACAUCCCAGAUCAGGACUUCGACACCAGCCCAAAGGAUUCAAAUAUAUCUGCUGUGGUUUGACCUUUGACUUGGGUACAGAUGUCACCAUGACAACAAAAGGGGAAAGAGAACGAUGCACAGAAUAUUUGACAGUUAUCUCUGUUUAACUACAGACAAAAAGAGGGAAGAGAAGAAGCUGAAAUGUAUUACAGGGUCAGAAACUGGGAGCAAAACAGAAAUUAUUACCAUGAAGUAUAACCAGAAAAAACAGGGACAGAGAUUGCAAUAACUUUAAAGUACAAAAUUGUUCCUAAAAUCUGCUUGAUUGCUAUUGGCAGGAAAGAGCAAAAGAUAUGUCAUUAAUAACAAAGAUAAAACUAAUAAGUUAAAAGACUGACUUUACCUCAUUUUCUACAGACUGUAAAAUAAUAGGAACAUCACUAAAAUUAAUAAUAAAACAUGCCUGUUUCAACCAUCCAGAACUGGCAAAGUGGACAACCUUCUGGCUAUCGUCGCGACUAUUACACAGGAAGGAUCAAUUUCCAUGUUUCAUGAAAAUUAUAGCAGAGAAACUUUCAUUUGCUGUUGGUAGUCCCUGCUAUUUCUUCCCUACAUCUGCAUGUCAGUAGCCAGCAAUUUCUUUUUCCUUUUUCUUUAAAUUGAUUACAUUUGCUUUUUUCCAUUAUUGCAGUAAGUUCCUGCUCUUUUUUCUUCAUGAACUCUCUGAUAUGGCACCAUCCUGUGCAGACAUUUUUAUGCAGAUGGAUUCAAAGGCAUUCAUCAAAAAGGGAUAUAGAUACUUGACUGCUCACUCCCAGCAACCCACAGUUUUCAAAUAAACCAUCAGACUGCUGAAAUACUAACAGUGGAGGGGGAAAAGGGUGAGACACAUAUGUGUAUGUGUGUGCACGCGCACAUGUGUGUAUGUUGUUGUUUCGUUAGUGGAAGACCCCUUCUGCAGUGUUCUGUCACUGUCGCAGACAGCCAGCUGUAAAAGCGAAAAAUCUGCAAGGAAAACAGACCUAAGAGGAGAAGAAAACAGGCUAAGAGAAAGAAACAAACACAUACACACAUGGACCUCUGGCAGACACAUUGCUGAGCCUUUCAUUUGUACCCAGAACUUCCUCACUUCAUAUCUUUGUUUACACUGCAAGAAAUCAGAGGAAAGAAAUCUUAGCAAUGUGGUGCUUGCACUGUACCUCCGAGAAGACCCAAAAUCUUCUCCAACAAAAACUAAGACACUGUGUGGAAGGGGACACUCAGGGCAGCGAGACAGGAACGAUAGUGGACAGCCCAAACAACCCACCUCCAAACCGCUCUAAUGCUGAGAUAAAGCCGGAACAUAUCUACGACCACCCUUACCCCACUGCACAUACAGCCUCCUCUGGAUUACAGUGGUCUCAGCGUGCACGCUUACAACCUGCUAGUGUGGCCUUACGCAAGCAGGAGGAGGAAGAUAUCAAACGGUCCAAGGCCCUCUCUGACAGCUAUGAAUUAUCUACAGAUCUACAAGAUAAAAAGGUGGAAAUGCUGGAAAGGAAAUAUGGUGGCUACUUCCUGAGUCGGCGUGCUGCUCGCACUAUUCAAACUGCAUUCCGGCAAUAUCGGAUGAAUAAAAACUUUGAGCGACUGCGCAGCUCAGCCUCUGAGAGUCGCAUGUCACGACGAAUUAUCCUGUCCAACAUGCGGAUGCAGUAUUCAUUUGAAGAGUUUGAGAAGAGUCAAGGAUCUGGUUACUUUGAGGGCAAAUCAGUGUCCCUGUCAGAUGACCGUGGGCCAUGUUUACGGGCACAGUCUGAAAGGAGUCUGCAGUAUAGUGGGACAACUGGCAGUGCAAUAGACAUUGAGUCUAUCAACACCUCUGGUGAAUAUUCAAAUGAAACUACAGAGCUAGAAGACAGUUUCUCCAAACAGGUUAAGUCUCUAGCUGAAUCAAUCGAUGAUGCACUAAACUGCCGCACAAUACACCCAGAGCAGCAGCUGUCAGAGGAGACAGAGGGGACAGAAAACAAGAAUGACUCUACAGAACAACAGAAUGAUAGUGCCACCACUUCUUUUAGUGAUGUCACAUUGUAUCUUGAUGAGGGAGUACCUGUCUCACCAAUUUCUAUUGAUCGACCUCCCAGCUCAGAACCCGAUCUUCACAGUGCAGGUUCACGGCAAGAGUACUGGGCCACUUCCUCUCGAGAGGACAGUCGUGAAAAUGGGGGUAGUCGCCGGAGUACCCCAUGUAUGGAGUGUCGGGACUAUCGGCUUCGUGGGGCUCAUCUCCCACUGCUAACCAUUGAGCCUCCCAGUGACAGUUCAGUAGACUUGAGUGACCGGUCAGAUCGGGGGUCUCUUAACCGGCAGCUAGUUUAUGAACAAGAAACUAAUAGCCCCCAAGGGACUCUGAAGCAUAAUCAGCACAAAGGACCAUCACGCUCUCCCCACCCACAUAGGCACUAUCAUCCUCACCAAGACCCCAUCCCUGUAAGCAACAAUAAUAAUGGGACAGCCAGCCGACAUAGCAAGUCUGAAGCAGAGAACUCUGAUGGUGACAAUGACAGCCUCAAUAGUACCACUAACUCUAAUGAGACCAUUAACUGCAGCUCAGGCUCUUCCUCCAGGGAUAGCCUACGGGAGCCACCACCAGUACUUUGUAAGCAGACUUACCAGAGAGAAACACGGCACAGCUGGGACUCACCUGCUUUUAACAAUGAUGUGGUGCAACGCAGGCAGUACCGGAUUGGGCUCAACCUUUUCAACAAAAAGCCUGAAAAAGGGAUUCAGUACUUGAUCGAGCGAGGAUUCUUGUCUGAUACACCAGUAGGAGUGGCACACUUUAUUCUGGAGAGGAAAGGUCUGAGCCGUCAAAUGAUUGGCGAAUUUCUUGGAAACAGACAGAAGCAGUUCAAUCGAGAUGUCUUGGACUGUGUGGUCGAUGAAAUGGACUUCUCAGGUAUGGACCUGGAUGAUGCACUGAGGAAAUUUCAGGCCCACAUUAGAGUCCAGGGUGAAGCACAAAAAGUGGAACGACUUAUUGAAGCAUUCAGUCAGAGGUACUGUGUGUGCAACCCCGCUCUAGUGCGACAGUUUCGGAAUCCAGACACCAUCUUUAUCUUGGCCUUUGCCAUCAUCUUGCUCAACACAGAUAUGUACAGCCCAAAUGUGAAGCCAGAACGGAAGAUGAAGCUUGAUGAUUUCAUCAAAAACCUGCGAGGGGUGGAUAAUGGAGAGGACAUACCUCGAGACCUACUAGUGGGCAUUUACCAACGAAUACAGAAACAUGAGCUACGAACAAAUGAUGACCAUGUCUCCCAAGUACAGGCUGUGGAGAGAAUGAUAGUAGGAAAGAAGCCGGUCUUGUCCCUCCCACAUCGUCGCCUAGUUUGCUGCUGUCAGCUUUAUGAAGUACCAGAUCCCAACCGACCUCAGAGAGUAGGGCUACAUCAGAGGGAGGUUUUCCUCUUCAAUGACCUGCUUGUGGUAACAAAGGUAUUCCAAAAGAAGAAGAUUCUGGUGACAUACAGUUUCCGGCAAUCCUUCCCACUUGUGGAAAUGCAGGUCCACCUAUUUCAGAAUUCUUAUUAUCCCUAUGGCAUCAAGCUGAUGUCUGCAGUUCCUGGUGGGGAGAGGAAGGUCCUAAUUAUUUUCAAUGCUCCAAGCCUCCAAGACCGCCUGCGUUUCACCAGUGACCUGAGGGAAUCGAUCGCUGAGGUGCAAGAAAUGGAGAAAUAUCGUGUAGAGUCUGAGUUGGAGAAGCAGAAAGGAGUAAUGCGCCCCAACAUGAAUCCAUCUACAGGUCUGAAGGAUGCUGUCAAUGGCACUCUGACAAGGGGCAGUUUAGAUGACACCUACACAAUGGGAGAGGGGCUGAAACGCAGUGCCCUCAGCAGUUCUCUACGGGAUCUCUCGGAAACAGGAAAGCGUGGCAGGCGAAACAGCGUGGGAUCACUAGACAGCACCAUUGAAGGUUCGAUUAUUAGCAGUCCUCAUCCACACCAGCGAAUGGGCCCACCUCCUCCACCCCCUGAGGAGUUUAAGCCCCAUCGACCUAUGGCCAAUUCAAACUCAUUCCUUGGAUCACUUUUUGGCAGUAAGCGAGGAAAAGGCCCAACACAGAGUCUGCCUAAUUCAUCUUCCAUGUACUCGCACAACCUUUCUGGACAGACUGAUGGACAGUCAAAGAUACAGGCUCUCCAUGCACAGUACUGCCAUAACCAGCCAACAAUGCCACAAGCUCCACCACCAUACCACCACCAGCAUCAGCGCUAUCAUGUGCCACCGAACCAGCAGCAUGUCACUCUGCAAAGACCCAACCCACCAAAGAGGCCUCCUCAACUUCCUACUACUGCUACACACCCACACCUUGCACAUCAUGGGCGACAUCCUGCCAAUAUACCAUCAUCACCAUUGCCUCAUUAUGCUCCCAUGUCACCCCACGCAAUGAGUCAGACAUACCCUCAACACAUGCAUCAAUCCCAGCACACACUCCAAAAACAGGGACCGAAGCACUUUGUUUUCUCACACCACCCUGGACUCAUGCAACAUCCACAGCAUCCUCUGCAGCAGCCUCUUAAUCCCCGUCAGCAGCAUUCUCAGUAUGGACUUCAGCAAGCCCAUAAUCCUGUGCAACAUUCUCAGCAUGCCAUGCAGCAGUCUCAGCAUCCUAUGCAGAUUCCUCAGUCUCCUCUGACCCCUAAUUCCCCUAUACCACCUCAUCCACCAUACCCACCACUCCCACCACCUUCACCACACACACCACACUCCCCACACUCUCCUAUUGGCCCACCAUCUCCAGUGCCUACACAUCCUGUGCAUCAUCCAGGUCAGCAGACAGUAGCCAACCAGGCCCAGUCCAACAGCAAGCCAAAGCCGGUGAACAGAAUUAGUACAGUAGUUUGAGCAAUAUGAAGAAGGUUGGCUUAUGUUGCAUAACUUUUUCAAGAUCAACUAAAGAAAUUUUGGAAAACAAAACAAGGGGGUGAAUCACCAGGAAAAAGAAUGAAUGUGUCCACAGAGGUUUUGAAUGAAUUUUGGGCAAACAUUUCUAUUGUUAUUGUUGUUUUUACUUGCCAUUUGUUUGCCAAAAGCCAGACGACAUUUUGCUAUCCUUUGUGUAACUGCAGGUGGUAUACAGCUCCUUUGACGGUUGUCCAUGUAGUCCAGGCAGACUUUCUACAUGCAAAGUCUAGCACUGUGAACUCAUUGGUACUACAGACUUGAGUUGUGCUUGAGGCUGUGUUGAAAAAAAAUGAUGAGUAAUAGGUGGUCCCCCCAGCUGGGAGCUGGUCAGGUUGCAGAUGCCCUGGCCAAUGAUAGUGUGGAUAUAUGAUAUAUACAUAGGAAUGCGCUGUUGCAGGAGGGAGCAUCGUUGAAAUGUGAGGGAUUAUAGCCCUUGCAGCAUUAUUUCCCCAUCUUUUUGGGGGGAUACUGUAGCAUUGCUGCAAUGCACAGAGAUAAUCACAGCAACUGUUACAUUAUGUACCUGAGUUGAUGUAUCUGCACCAGGACCAGAAGAUUUCACCCAAUACCCUAUUUGUUGGGCAGGGUAUUUCAAGAAGGAACUUUGUCUUCAGGGAUGCAAUCAACUGACACUUCAAGAAAGAAGAUUUUCAUUGGUUAUGGUUCCAGAUAAUUGUUCUUUGUAAAUGAAAGUAAAAAAAUCAAACUUUAUUUCUAGGCAUGUUAUCUGUAAUUCAGAAAAAAAAUGCGGUAUGUGCCGUUAACUUAAGUGCUCUUUCUAGGAGCUCUUCUGCAUUUCGUGCCAACAUGGGUUUUGAAGACAGUUACAAAGUGAUUUUUAGAACUUUUUAUAUGUAGACAAAUAUAAAUAUAUAUAUAUAUAUAAAAUAUAAAUAUAUAUAUAAAAAUAUAUAUAUAAUAUAAAUACAGAAGUAAAUAUAUAAAUGAACUUUCUGUCACAGCAUGAAGAUGAUGCUGUGGAGAUAAAUUUGUUAUUUUCCCAGGAUGCUUUCUGUUUGUGAGCAUGCUUAGAGGAACUAAAUGAAAAUUGCCCCUUUGUUGUGGGUUGCUCUGGAUACCUCACUGGCUGUGUGUCCUUCAUGCAGAAAGCACUUUGCAGAAAAUUUUAAAACAAAAAGACUUGCAAGCAUGUUUUGUGAUGUUUUUGGUGGGAGGGGCACUGGUCUGAUUUUUGACUUUGAAAAUGUAUUAUUAAACCCCUCUUGAAGUAAAUGCUGACUUGAAAGCUUCAGAGUAAGCUGCUAUUGCACUAUUGUGUUAACUCUUCCAGACCACAUUUGGAAUCUCCUUUCCCUUGUUUUAGUGACACUGAAAUUUUCAUUUACCCCAUUACACACACACACACACACACACACACACACAAAUCAGUGGGUUGCCAAUUUUGAAGUAUGCAAGUCCCUUACAUGACAGGCUCAUCUGCAUUAAAGCUCCAAUUUGAGACCAAGCUAAGGGAAAGGAAACAAGACAGCUAAAAACCCCUGUGAGGACUCCCAUGAUGGAUGUAAACUUAAAGAUGAAGUUUGCUCCCUUCUCUGAAACACUGGAUGUAGGAUUUCCAGUUUUGAAUGAUAGUAUUUAAGUUAUUCUGGCAUUUAUAAUCUACUUCUUUGAUAUGAACCAACCUGCAUGAUUGUCUUUAAAAUGCCUUAGCUUUCCAAAAGACAGGUCAUUUGUAUUUGUCUGUUUUUCAUGUUUAAUAAGGGAUAGUUACAGUAUGCAAAUAAUUAUACAUUAACAUUGAAAAUCCUGAGCUCUGAUUUGUCAGCUUGAACCAAGAGUGGCAAGGAUAUUAAGCACAUCUGCAUAAUUUACAGACAUAUUUUAAAUGUUAACAUAUGUUUAGAACCAUCUAGAACCACUGUAUAGCCAAAGUUAAACACUUCAGGAUAUUUGUUGUAGAGAGUUUACCCAGUUCUCAUCACUAUGUCACUUGGCGUUGCCUUAUCACAGCAUUGCAGUUUCAUUUACUCUUUUUUUUCCUUUAUGUAAUACAUUUCAGAUGCCAGUUAUUGGCUUGUUCAGGGAAAAUGUAUUUUAAGCAUUUUGCCUGUGAAGCAGUACCAUCCAAGUAUUAUGUAUCUGCUGAGCAAUAAUUCUGUGUAGUAAUCCCAGCAAUGUGCCCUUGAACAUGAGUGUUACUAAACAGGUAAAAUAAAUUAUGUAUUUUA